AUGGCUGAGCCAUCCAUGAAGGAAGUACUUGAUGCAAUCAAGGUAAUGGGAAGUCAGAUGCUGGCAAUGACCCAAGUGUUCACACCAGUAGUGAACUCAUCAGUGGGUCAGACUACACAAGCUCAAGUGAUAGCUCCUGGAGCUGGUGGACCUAGUGGUCAAGUUGCGCCUGUAGAUGAGGUGAUUGAGCUGGAUCCACCAGCUGGAACAGCUAAGAAGGUUGAUUACCUGAAGGUGCUGGAACACAUCUCUCGUUUGGGAACAAAACACUUUGCUGGAAGUGUUGAUCCUCUAGAGGCAGAUGAGUGGAGGACCAGGCUGGGAAAGAGAUCAGUUCGGGAGUAUGAAGAGGAGUUCAACCGCCUUAGGCGCUUUGUGGGAAGGGAGCUGGAGGAUGAGGCAGUCCAGGUCCGGAGGUUCAUAAGAGGCCUUAGGGUCGAACUCAAGACCUACUGCUCAGUCCGUACCUUUCACACAGUGUCUGAGUUGGUGGAGAGGAUGGCAAUGCUGGAGACCAAUCUGGCUGAAGAAAACAAGCAAAGACUGAAGAGAGUGGUGGAGUCUUCUGGUCAGAGUGGUGACCGGAAGAGAAAGAGGGAUGCAGCCAAAGGGGGUAAAACCUCAAGUGGUAGGCCUGAGUGUCCCAAAUGUGGAAAACACCAUGGAGGCGAGUGCUGGAAGGCUAUGGGAGCUUGUACCCGUUGUGGUAAGAUGGAUCACUCAGCUCGAGACUGUCCUGGACCGGAGAGGAACCGUGGGCAAGGCUCGACCAGUGAGGCCAGGACUUGUCAUCAAUGUGGCAAGAGAGGGCAUUUCCGUGUGGACUGUCCUCAGUUGCAAACUGGACAAGGGAGGGGUCGUGUUGAGAACAACCGACCAGACCACAAGCAAGGCUAA